ACCUGGGGAGGGUCCCAUGUGGUCAGCAGGGCAUGCAGGGGGCAGUCACACCGCUGUGGCCGCCUGCGUCAUCCCACCGUCUCCCCUCCACGCAACAGGAAGGCACACAGCGAGAGGGGAGGAGGAGGAGGAGGAGGAGGAGGAGGAGGAGGAGGAGGAGGAGGAGGAGGAGGAGGAGGAGGAGGAGGAGGAGGAGGAGGAGGAGGAGGAGGAGGAGGAGGGGGAGGAGGAGGAGCAGGAGGAGGAGGGGGAGGAGGAGGAGGGGGAGGAGGAGGAGGGCGUGCCGUUGCUGCAGUUGACGUGCCGUAGCUGGUGCUGAAGCUCUUUUGCUGCUGCUCA